ACGGGCGUUCCUUCUUGUCAUUUGUCGUCUGCAAUGUAUUGAGACGAGCUGAGACGAGCGCCCGGCCAAAAAUGAUCGAGUAUCGUGAGUGUUCAUCGAUCGGGUGCUAUUAGAAACACCGGAAAUCCAAUGUACGCGAUCGAGGCCGUCGUUGGAGAGCCAGGAACGCGUUGUCUAUGUUGACAAUUGCACUCGGCACCGUCCGCUGCCCCGUGAGAGUGUCGUGACAACAAAGGAGAUUUCUCGCGGCCCGUUCAUUGUGCCCCGAGCGCGACGAUUGAAUUAAAAUCGCGAAGAGGAGGGGUGGUGACGCGAAAAACUCAUCCCACCGGACGGUCCAUCCUUCGUCGAUGCUCCAAAAUUUAAGAGAUCGAUGAGGGAAUCUCGCCGAUUGAAUCGUACAGUCGUAAAGGUUAUGCUGCGGAAUCGAGAGAGGAUAAAGACACCGAGGCCUUUUAUACGCUAGUUACUUCAUGCAAGAAAGAGAGAUAGAGUGAGAACAAGGGAGAAAAAGAGGAAGAAAUCUUGUAGAUAAUGAACGAGAAAACAUUGUUUUUUUUUUUUUCGGUUGAUGUGAUUCGGCAAGCUCUGAGAAAUUGAAAUACGAGAGCUCUGUUUCCAAAUCAGCUGAUCGGAGAAGCUAUGAGGUUUGACUAGGCUUGAAUGAAUGCUUGUUGAGUACCCACCCGUUGAGGGGGCUUGCCGGACGAAACUUUGUUCAUUAAUUUUACGUGACGUGUAACUUAUAGAUAUCGCAGGCGAGACAAGUCCCAGAUUGUGAAAAAAUGUCGACGAACAAUUCAACGUCGGUGAAUACAGGUAGAGGUGGUAAUAGUCUUCAAAAUCGGAAUUCGCAGAGGUCCACCCUCCUGAAGGUGGUGAUCCUUGGGGACGGCGGUGUCGGCAAGUCCUGCCUUAUGAACAGAUUCGUGUCGAAUCAUUUCGACGAACACAGUUUUCAUACCAUCGGAGUUGAGUUCCUGAACAAGGAUAUUGAGAUCAACAGCGAGGCAUACACACUGCAGAUAUGGGAUACAGCUGGACAGGAGAGGUUCAAGACGCUCAGAACACCAUUUUAUAGAGGCUCAGAUAUUUGCCUGCUUACUUAUGCAGUAGACGAUAGGAUGAGUUUUAGGAAUCUGGCACUAUGGAGAUCUGAAUUUCUUAAGUAUGCGGAUGUUCAGGAGGGUUCUACCUUUCCAUUUAUUGUUGUUGGCAAUAAGGUGGAUGUUCCUGAAUCCGAGAAACAAGUUUCCACAGAAGAAGCUCAGGCUUGGUGUUUAGAAAAUGGCAAUCCACCACUGGUUGAAACAUCGGCGAAAGAUGCUACUAAUGUUGAGGCAGCUUUUGGAGCAGCAGUAGACGCAUGGGCGCGAUUGGAAGCCAGAUUAGAGCGACCUUUAGUGGAAGACACCGUCGAUCUAUCUAAACAGCAGUCCCAGCAUCGUACGAGCUGCUGCAUGCCUGUGUCCGGCGCCGAGAAUACGCAACGUCUCGCACUAUCGAACUCACAGAAACGGUGCUUACUCUAUUUAGGAUCUAUAAGGAUACACAUUACACAAUAUAACUGUAAGAGAUUAUGUUUGUUUGGCCUGUGUCUCAUUUCUUUUCGCAUAUUUAUAUUAAAAUGCACAAUUCUUUUAAAGGUUUAUAGCCCAUAGAAAAAUUGAGUGUGUUUGUUAAACUAAAAAGUUUUUGAUUAACCGUUAUAUAAUAUUUUUUCACAUAUUUCUUUGAUUUCAGUUUCAAUGAUAGAUAUUUUUAUCGAUUUUACUUAGGAUAUCGGUUUUUUUAUUCUUGGCAUGCUUUGUUUCUAGGUCUAACAAAGUAAUUUGAAGAGAAUCUCUUGUCUGUCUACGAUACUUUCUUCGUUAUAUGGUGAACUUUCUUUAUUGACAUUGGAAUUGCAUCGGUUGUGUGUAAAUGGAAUAUAUUGUUUCAAAGUUUUUACUUAAGAUCCAGUUAAGGUUUCCAAAGAAUCUAUGGACCGCAUAGGAUGCCAUUGGCAAUGAACAAGUGAAUUCUUUACUGGCUAGCUUAUAUUCUCUUUUUUAUGAAUCUCAACGAAAUACUUGAGUCACAAAAAUCGUAUAUAAGACACACACAUAUAUAAUAUAUUGUGAUUGAUCUUUCUAGAACAACAAGACAUAAGGUCAAGUUGAACGUCCUUAUUCUAUCAGUGCUUUGUGCAGCUUUUAAGCUACUGACAGUAUUUUAAGUAUUUCAUACACCAUUGGCUUGUGAUAAAAUAAUAAUGAUAAUAAUAAUAAGAAUAAGAAUAAAUGAUAAUUAUCAAUUGCUUUAUUACAUAAGAGUUAGGCGUAAUCUGUAACUUUAGCUUUGUAAUUCUAAAUUUGCCUUAUCCUCGCGACGUAUGUACAUCUGAGAGCAGCAAAGCAACGUAACUUUUAUUUAGGUAGAGUCACACGCGUAUUUAUAUGCGAAUUUGACUUUUGUACAAAAUGCGGCAUAUGCUUUUCUGCUCUUGGAACAUUGCGCAUUCGAUGUCGUGACAAUUUUUCUACAAAAUUAAUAACAUUAUGAAAGUGAAGCUUUUUGUACGAUCGCCGAUGCAUACGAUCGCAUUCCUACUACUCCACGUAUCUCAUUCAAAUGGUACUUGAUUUUUUUUAGAAAAAUGCCUCUUAUAGAGUACAAGAAAAAAGUAUGUAAUGAUUAUCUCGACGAUUCAGAUUAAACGUAUGAAAUGUGCAUGCUGGUGCUUCUUAUAUAUGGCUAUAUGUGGAAUAUAUAAAUUUAUAUAUAACGCAGAACACGCGAUAAAGUUAGUUCAGAUGUUAAGCGCAUACAACUAAUCAUAUCAAGGUGAUGAUCACCUCACGAAUACUGUAACACAGGCAUUCUUACGCCAAAUCUCUAUGAAAUAUAUGAAUUAUUUUAAGAAAGUAUAACUGCUGCACACAGACACACACACACGCACACACACACACACACACACACACACACACACACACACACAUCUUGUUUGUGAAAAACGCGCGUACCGAUUGUUAUUUAUUAUUUUACAUAUUUAGUAGACAAAAGGCUAUUUCUAUAGUAUGUACAUGACUUAUGUAUAAUACAUAUAUGUGUGUAUGCCUUAAGAUUUUAUAAUUCUAGGAAUCGAUUUUGCAAGAAAAAAUAAACUUAACAUUGUGCUUGUUUAAGAUG